CGGAUGGGAAGGACGUGCUGGAGUUCCUGGGCAACCCCGCCAACUACCCGGUGUCCAUCCGCUUCGGUCGCCACCGCCUCUCCUCCAACGAGAAGCUCAUGCUGGCCUCCAUGUUCCACUCGCUCUUUGCCAUCGGAUCGCAGCUGUCCCCCGAAGUCGGGAGCUCCGGGAUCGAGAUGCUGGAGACAGACACCUUCAAGCUGCACUGCUUCCAGACGCUGACAGGGAUCAAAUUCAUGGUUCUUGCUGACCCAAGGCAGGCAGGGAUAGACUCCCUUCUCCGCAAGAUCUAUGAGAUUUACUCUGACUUUGCUCUGAAGAAUCCUUUCUACUCCCUGGAGAUGCCAAUCAGAUGCGAGUUGUUUGAUCAGAACCUGAAACUUGCUCUGGAGGUGGCAGAGAAAGCUGGACCCUUCGGACCUGGAUCGUAGAGAAAACCUCGCCUGUUGCACAGGCUCGUUUCUCUGAAGAGCAGGGCUUGUCUCUUCCCUAGCUGGCCUCUCCCGGAGCUCGCUCUUCCACAGCGGAGACUGCGUAUCCCCAAAACAUGCUUCAUUAUUUCCCACAAUGCUGUUUUUUUAUCCCCUUUGUUGUGAAAUCUACCUUAAAGAGACACAUUACUACUGUUUACAUUGGGCCACAGAGAGACUUAACUCUGCUGUUGUGGCUCCACUGCCCUUGAGUGAAGAAAGAAAGAUAAGGUGCGGGGUCCAUGGCCUUACCGCAGUCAAUGAUUAUUUUCUUUCGUUUCAUAAUUGUACAUAUGUAUUUUUCCUGUACAGCUCUAACUUAUGGUUUUGCAGAGGGUUUCCAUGUAGGAGUAAUAAAUGUU